GCCUUCUCUCGCCGGAGUUCUCUCUAUCAAGGGCUAUGACGACGACAUGUCUUCUAUUCCUCGCCACAUGCGGCCUUCACCUCCCACAAAAUACAGUAUAAAAGCACACCAUUUUUGAACACCAUUCCUCACAACAAUAUCCCCACUUGCCUCCCUAUACUAACUAUACUGAACACAAUGUCUCAUCAGAUCAUUCGUUCUAUUCCCUUUGCUUCCCGUGUCACGGGAAAGCACGCUCGCGAUAUCCUUGCACGGGACAAGGCUCGAGCUCAGAAGAUUCUUGCAGGCGUGAACCCUCACGGUCCAGGCGGUGCACAAUCUUUUGCUAGAAGCCGUGGCGGACGCGGUGGCAACACUGGUGGCAGCGUCGACGCUGGCUCUGAUGCUAAUGGCGUUGACGUGACAGACGCAGGUGUUACCUACACCGCUUCCGUCGGUGUCGGUAACCCACCCACCGACUACACCCUCCUGAUUGACACUGGAAGUUCCAAUACGUGGGUCGGAGCUGAUAAGAAGUACGUCAAGACUUCCACCAGCAAGAGCACUGGCGACAGAGUUAACGUUAGCUAUGGUUCUGGGUCUUUUUCAGGCACGGAGUUUACCGAUACCGCCACUCUCGCCCCAGGCUUGGUCAUCCGGGGACAGUCAAUUGGGGUUGCCUCCAGAGCUCAAGGUUUCGAUGGGGUCGAUGGUAUUCUUGGUAUCGGUCCUGUCGAUCUGACGCAGGGAACCGUUUCAAACACUGACCUUGUUCCGACCGUGACCGAUAAUCUAUUCGCUCAAGGUCUGAUUUCCUCGAACUCCAUCGGGAUUUCUUAUGAACCAAGCACCGGUAACAAUGAAAUCAACGGCGAGUUGAAUUUCGGCGGUGUCGACACUACGAAGACUACGGGAGAUAUCAACUUUGUGCCAAUCACUUCCACCUCUCCCGCGUCCGCCUAUUGGGGCAUCGACCAGACCAUUACUUACGGCGAUCGUACCACCAUCCUCGAUUCUACCGCGGGCAUCGUUGAUACGGGUACAACUCUGCUGUUGCUUGCAACCGAUGCAUUCCAGGCAUACGAAAGGGCUACAGGAGGCAAAUUGGAUCGGGAGACAGGCCUCCUCACGAUCACUGAGCAGCAGUUCGAGAACUUACAAUCUCUGUUCUUUAAAAUAGGUGAUACUACUUAUGAACUCACUGCCAACGCCCAAAUAUGGCCCCGCAGUUUGAACUCGACCAUCGGCGGAGAGGAGGGCAAGAUUUACCUCGUGACAGCUGACUUGGGUAGCCCAAGUGGGCAGGGUUUGGACUUUAUUGAUGGCUUUGUGUUCUUGCAGCGAUUCUACAGCGUGUAUGAUACCAGCAACACACAAGUUGGCUUCGCCACCACAGCUUUCACCGAUGCCGAGACUAACUGAGUGGAUGGUCACUGUAUCCUUCGGCAAGGAUUUGGACACUUGAUUUCUGGGAAGAUGAUCAUGUUUUGAACUUGUACUAUGUGUUCCACGGAGUGAACAUAAGGACUGGAUAUUUUGUAUCUUUAGGGAAUGACUUUCUCGAUUUUUUGUACUUCAUACCGUAAAUGCAACGUGAUUGGGAAUGAGCCCAUCGUUGAGGAGAAAUAUGACGAAUCGUACUAUGCUUUUGGGUUCUGGAAGCCCCGCCGCACGCUUGCACACUCUAUGAAC